GGGUCGGGCUCUUCGGGACAGGGAGACCGGCCCUAGAAGGCGCACAGGGCUGUGCCGGUGGCUCGGGACUCGUAGUCAGAGACAGCCGCCGGGGCUCCCGUCCCCCCUCCCCCCGGGCUCAAGGUAUGUCCGACCCCAGCAAUGAUUCCACAACUCUUGGUGCUUCUAAUCCAGCUACAGAAGAGCAGGAUUCUGAGGACUCAACCAUGGCUCAAGAAUCUCCCAAAAAUUCAGCAGCAGAAAUUCCAGUGACCAGCAAUGGAGAAGUGGAAGAUUCGCAUGAGCAUGGCUUUAGCAGGGAUUUGAAGCGUUCAUUACCAGCUGGACUCGGUCUAUCAGAAACCCAAAUUACAUCUCAUGGCUUUGACAGCACCAAAGAGGGGGUCAUUGAAGCAGGACCAUUUCAAGGUUCCCCAGCACCACCUAUGUCUUCUGUUAUAUCUCCUAGCAAUGCUGCAGCUAGCAGACUGGCUGAACAAGGAAGGGAUUUAAUUGGUCCUGCAGGUGGCCAGAGAAUACAGCAAAAAAGUGGACCAGUUAUUUUAGCAGAUGAAACGAAAAAUCCUGCAAUGGAGAAGUUAGAGCUUGUAAAAAAAUGGAGCCUUAACACCUAUAAGUGUACUCGUCAAAUUAUCUCUGAGAAGCUGGGUCGUGGCUCAAGAACAGUGGACCUUGAACUGGAAGCUCAGAUUGAUAUAUUAAGAGAAAACAAGAGAAAAUAUGAAAACAUAUUGAAAUUGGCUCAGACGCUGUCCUCCCAGCUCUUCCAGAUGAUACACACUCAGAGGCAACUCGGAGAUGCAUUUGCUGACCUGAGUUUGAAGUCCCUGGAACUCCAUGAAGAAUUUGGCUACAAUGCAGAUACGCAGAAACUGCUGGCUAAAAAUGGCGAAACUCUUCUUGGAGCUAUUAAUUUUUUUAUUGCAAGUGUGAACACUUUGGUGAGCAAAACAAUAGAAGAUACAUUGAUGACUGUGAAACAGUAUGAAAGUGUCAGGAUUGAAUAUGAUGCGUACCGGACUGAUUUAGAAGAAUUGAAUCUUGGACCACGUGAUGCAAACACUCUGCCAAAGAUUGAGCAGUCACAGCAUCUGUUCCAAGCACAUAAGGAAAAAUAUGAUAAAAUACGCAAUGAUGUAUCUAUUAAAUUGAAAUUUCUAGAAGAAAAUAAGGUUAAAGUAUUGCACAAUCAGCUAGUCCUUUUCCACAAUGCCAUCACAGCUUACUUUGCUGGGAAUCAGAAGCAGCUUGAACAGACACUCAAACAGUUCCACAUCAAAUUGAAAACUCCUGGAGUGGAUGCCCCAUCCUGGCUCGAAGAACAGUAAUCAGACCUGGAAAAAAAAAAAGACCCAUUGUCAUCUGAGAACCCAAUAAGAAUUGGAGGGGGGAGGACCCUUGUGUUGAUUCUUGCACAAACAGCUUUAAUUUUUCCCUCUUAAUACUUUAACAAUUGAACUGUUCAAAUUGAUGGGAAGGUGGGUGGCUUUAAUGUAAACAUAAUUUCUAUAAUCCAAACAUAGCUUUUCUUUUGAAGAACUUCUUUCAUAUCGUGAGGGUUGUUGGCCAUUUCUAAUUUGAAAACAUCUAAAAUAGCUUUGCACUGACAAGAUACAAACUUGUGGUUUCUGGUCCUCAAGAUGUGGGCCAGUUGUGACUUUUCCAAAGGGAGGUUUUACAUGAUUUGUAUCAACAUCUAAUAUUUUAUAUAUGAAUAUAUUAAACAUCUUUAAAAGAUUCUUUUCCAUGUAUUAUUUUAAAGAAGAAAGUAAUACUAUUUUACAGAGUAAAAUUAAAGGGCAUUUCUGCAGCAUCCCAAGGAAGUAGCUAUAAUAGAUGGUUGAUUAAUUUAAGGGAUUGCAACAGAUCCCUUCUUUAAGGAUGGAGCUGUACCGCUAGAAGUUUGUUUCUUAAAAAUUGUGAAUGAACAAGAAGCAUACUGUCUUUUCCAUGUGGUUUCCAAGAUCACAGUUGUAUCAUAUAAAGACUUUGACUGGGUGGUUCUUAUUCGCGAUUUCAUUUCUUACUAAAAAGUGAAACCUGUUUCUUUGAAGAGACCACCCGCUUGCCAUUUGGUUGAUCUUGGGUAUUUUGACAGGUUAACUUUGGAAUACAAGUUCUUGGUCAUUUCUAGUCUAAAAAUCUGUGACAGAAAACUUUUUAGGCAACGUUGCCCUUUCAAUAAUGUAGAUUCCUGGACAGAUUUCACUGUAAUAAUGCCAUACUAGCCUUAAAUCACAGAGAAGUGCCUUCUUAGAUACAAUAAUUCCCUUUGAAUCAGUGUAUAUGAUCCACAGGGUAGCCCCUUCCAAAUAAUGUUUGCUGUGUCUGUCUCUAGCAGAAAGGGGCACUGUAGAAAUGUUGGAUUUCUUUGUACUCAUUAAACCAAGUUUAAAGUUUAUGGAAAUAUCGCUUUUUAAGAUGUGUUUCCUUUUGAGGAAUGGUAAGUGGAAAGGCCUUUUUUUUUCUUUUUUGAUGGGGGGAGGGUACAGUUGGGUAGUAGAAGGAAGAAAGGAAGGAGACAGUAAGGAAAGGCAGUGAUCUCUUAAUUGCUGGUCAGUGUUGACUUCUUGUGAGUGACCCAUAUUGUUUUCGUUCAUCAGUAGUGUAGUCCAUAUUAAAUGUAAAUUCUCUGUUAAUUUUUUUGUCAUAGACAUUAUAAAUUAAUAUUAUUUUGAGAGGUGUCUCUUGCAGAUGUCCAUUUAUUUUGUGUUGAAAUGAAGUACUCAAAAAUCGCCGUUAUUUACAACUAUGUCAGCUAUACGAUUUGUUAUAUGUGUUCAAAUGCCUUUCAGCCAAAAGGCAUUUUGAGUUAUUAUGCCGGUUUUCAAUGCCUAACACAAUGUAACAUGACUGUAAACCACAACCCUAUUUUAAAUCAUUCCUCACUCUAUAUUUGUAUUCUGACAGAGCCUUAGUUUAUUCUUAUGGCACAAUUUUUUCUUGUGGUAAUAGUUCAUUUACAUUCCUCAGAAUGUGCCUCCAUGUGAAUUUUGUAUUCUUAUUAAAGAUGUUUACUGCACUAGCUUCUUUCUUGUCUCUUGCUGGUUUAGAAUAUGGAUACCCUUAGGACCAGUAUGCCCCCCAUCUCCAACUUGCAAUAACUUAUUUGGGUAUG